AUGGGCCUCGUAGAAGAAAUCCUUCCGAUCUCUUCUCCUGAUUCCGACGGCGUCCCCGUAUUCAAGCCCACUUGGGAUCAGUUUAAGGACUUCCCAACUUUUAUUCAAAAAGUCAAUCACUAUGGAAUGACUCAUGGUAUAAUAAAGGUGAUCCCUCCUCAGGAAUGGCUUGAUCGCUUUGAUUCUAUGAAGAACGAGUCUCUGGUUUCUUCUAUUCGAAUUAAAAAUCCCAUUAUUCAGCACGUUUCUGGCGUUUCCGGUGCAUUUCGACUACAGAAUGUAGAAAAGCAACGUACCUAUACUUUGGCCGAGUGGCACAGUUUGUGCGAACGCUCAGAGCACCAGCCGCCCGCCCCUCGCGGCUCUCGCCGUAGCAGCAAGGCAUCACCAGAAAUAAGCAACAACAAACUUACCGACUACGAUGAUUCACUCUUCACAACCGAACGAUGUUCUGAACUUGAAAAGGCCUACUGGAAAACUAUCACCUAUAACUCGCCUUUGUACGGUGCUGAUAUGCUGGGCUCACUUUUUACAGACGAUUUUGAAAAUUGGAAUGUUGCUAAUCUUGACAACCUUCUCAACACACUUCCUGAAGAUAUUCCGGGUGUAAAUACCGCCUAUUUAUACUUUGGCAUGUGGAAGAGUACUUUUGCCUGGCACUUGGAGGACAUGGAUCUUUACAGCAUCAACUACAUACAUUUUGGUGCGCCAAAGCAAUGGUAUAGCAUAGCGCAAAAGGAUCGCGAUAAAUUUUACGAUAUUAUGACGGAAGUUUGGCCUGAAGAGUACAAGGCAUGCCGCGAGUUUUUGCGACAUAAGACAUUUAAUGCAUCUCCCUCGUUUUUAAAGCACCAUGGAAUCAAGGUCAAUAAGCUUGUACACUAUCAAAAUGAGUUUGUCGUUACAUUUCCUUAUGGAUACCAUGCAGGAUUUAAUUUUGGAUAUAACUGUGCGGAAAGCGUUAACUUUGCUUUUGACUCAUGGAUUGAGGUUGGACUUAAAGCAGAGCAAUGCCGGUGUAUUUCCGAUUCAGUAGGCAUUAAUGUCGCACAACUUAUUGCUUCCCAAAUGGAAGAAGAAGAAGAUGAUGAUGAUGAUGGGGAAGAAGAAGAUGAUGAUGAGUAUCAACAUCUUCCUAAUAUCGUUAUGAAUACCCCUGAGUCGCCUAUUAAUAAUAUACCUACCCCUCCACACAAUGAAUCAUGUGAGAAUAAAAAAUCAGAGUGCGUGCUGUGCCCAAACUCUGGACCAUUUGCUCUUAUUCAUUCAAAAGACAAGGCAAUCUCUGCACAUAGAGUAUGUGCUUUAUAUAUUCCUGAAACUUACUCUGAGUUUGAUGGUGAUGACCCUGAAGAGUAUCUUGCUGGUGUACAAGAUAUUCCUGAGGAGCGCUGGCGCCUUCGAUGCACGUACUGCACUCAAACUAAGGUACGCAACGGAAUAACUUUUAGUGCUGAUGGAAGCAGUUUUUGUGGUUCAGGUACAAACAAAUCUUUCUUGAGCCCUACCGGUUCGGGUGCUUGUGUGCAGUGCGCUCAUCCCACUUGCAACCGUGCUUUCCAUCCAACAUGUGUUGAUGUUUCUGGAUCUGAGGUGGCGCCAUUUGUUACAAAAGUUUCUAAUGGAAAUGGCUUUACUGAAUUGGCUGGGCUCAAAUUUUUUUGUCGUUUCCACAGAGAUAAAAGGACUGCCUGGGAAGAUGCUACAGAAUCUUUUCAAACUGAUGAGCCAGAAGCAGCUGAGAGCUAUAAAAAGCCAUGGGAGCAUCCCAUCUCUGAGUAUGCACGUCUUGCUAUGGACUGGGCAAGUUCACUUCUUCCUGGAGACAUUGUGCAACUUAAGAGUCGUGUUGAAUCACGGGCUAUAUCUUCAGUUUUUGGUGCAGUUGUUCAAGAAAAUAACUUUUCAGAAGAAUCAGUUUUGGUUGUGAUUUCUGAUACUCGGUUGAAUUCAACAGAUGAUUUUCAUCCAGAUACAGUGGAAGUUCGUUGGUGUGAUUUACUCUGUCCUUAUCCUCGUUUGCUCUUUGGUGAAGCAGGGGAGAUGGAGUACAUUUCCCGCAAAGUGAAACGCCGGCGAAUGAUCAAAGGUCUUGGAGAGACUUUGAAAAAACGAGGUCGAAAAUCUAAAGAAGACAAAAUGGGCCCCCCACUUCAACAGGCACCUUUAAGCACAACUCUGUCAACACCAACAUCAAAGUCAACAACCAUAGUACCAAUUCUACCAUCUAUUAAGGAAACAACGCCACCGACCACGCCUUUAGUCAAAGACGCCUCGUUGAAAUUUUCAAAGUCUGAAGCUGCAGUGUCACCGACUUUACAGUUUAGCUCUAUUAAAACAUUUCAAGGAUUACCAGCAAAACUUUUGGUUGAACCAUCAGAAAAGCCUAUUGCAAAUCAUCCAACAGUAACUUCUCCAAAUGAUCCUGAGGUACCUUCAUCCAAGAAUUUAGUAGAACCUACAAUGAACCCGUUGGUAAAGCCAUCAGUAAAACCCGCUGUAGAGCUUUCAGAGGUUUCAACUCGACAAUCAAUGCCUUUACCUUCAAUACAACCACAAGCAUCUUUACCGCAAGCCUCUCAAGAAGAAACUUAUUAUUCUUAUCCACCAGCCUUAGACCCUAAAUACAUUUCUGUGGAACCUCAGUUUAUUGAACGUGUUAAUCCAUCUGGAUAUCCGUUUUAUACUCAACCACACCCUCCACACUUACCUAUGCAGCUGUCCCAAACACUAGCUGCUCCUCAGCUACCUUCUCAACCUACACAAAUUCCCCAACAAAUUCCUCCCCAAUUUCACCAAUCGCUGGUUUCAGAGCCCAAUAACUCACAUGGCUCUAUUGUCCAGCAAAAUCUAUACUCAGGCAGGAUUAUUGGGUCAGUAUCUGGUUAUACACCACAGCCUCUCCAUACUAUUCCACACCAACACCAACACCAACACCAACACCAACACCAACAACAACAACAACAACAACAACAACAAAAAUCACCACUACAACAGCUAUCUCUAUCACAACACACACCACUGCAAUCGUCACCAACCUAUCCCCAAACAUCCCAGGUUGUGUAUUCUCAGCAGUUCGCUCAAUAUCACACCCCGCAGCAGCAAGUCCCUCAACAUCAACCCAUUCAACCACACCACCCUCCAAUACAUCCACAACCACCAGGCUAUAUGUCUGCGCAGUUUUAUCACCAACCUCCGGCUUCCAUUCCUCUUCCACCAAUACAGCCCCAGUAUACUGAACAGUACGCAACCCGCAAUUAUCCUUCAGGACCAGCACCUUCAGGACAUAUUUAUACACCUUUAUAA